AUGGUUUUACUUCUUAGAAAUUUGCAAAACGUUGUGCCGAUUCGACGUGCCAGGUUGCGCAAAGACGUGGAGACACUGAAACGUAUUUUGGGCGUUCAGAGAUUUGACAUGGGCAUCGUGUGUGUGGACGACCGCAAAAUCCAACACAUCAACAACAUCUACAGGAAAAGGAACAUGCCCACAGAUGUGCUCUCAUUUCCCUUUUAUGAGGACCUGAAGCCCGGGAGACUCCCAUGUGCCCUUCACAGAGACGAGUAUAAUCUAGGAGAUAUUUUCUUAGGAGUGGAAUAUGUGAUGCAGCAGUGUCAAGAAAGAUCUUGUGAUUUCCAGGGAACCCUUACAGUAAUAGCUGCACAUGGAAUCUGUCACCUGCUUGGGUACAGGCAUGAGACCGAGGAGGAGUGGGCUGAGAUGUUUCAGAAAGAACAUUACAUCCUGCACGAGUUUAACAGACUAACCGGCAGUCAUCUUGAGCCUCUGACAAAGAGAUGCACAGGAGACAGGAGAUAUUGGAAAGACUGCUCUGAGGACACUGGACUUGAAAGCAAAGAAUCAAAGACAAUCAUCCCCACUUAAUUUGCUGUGCAACUAAAAUGUGAUUCAGCUAACAAAACAGUUGUGUAUUCCUUUCAUAAAUAAAGUUUAUUUUUAAAAAUGCA